AUGAAAUACGAAGCAAUUUCAUUAGCAUUCUGGGAAUCAACAAAACUCAUUUUGGGUAAUACCUCUAAAAUAAUCUCAAGAAUUGCUGAUUUCACCAAUCUAAUAUACAGAUUGGCAGAAAAUAAUCAGGUGUCAUAAUCUACUAUCCAAGAAUGCUUUAACAUCUUCGACGAAAACAAAGAUGGGAAACUUGAUUGGAAUGAAUAUUUGAAGUUGUUUGUAGAAUACCUCAAGAAAGUACAAUGUCUAAAAUACUUGAAAUCAUUUAAUGGAUUACAAUUAAUUUCUAGAUAUCUCCAAUAAUUACAAAUAGCAUUUUUGGCUUCUCCAUUCAAAUAACUGUUCACAACCUAAAACUUGUAAUAGGUCGAACAAACUCUAGCAUCCUUUGAAAACAGAUCAUCAAACAAAUAAAUCAAAAAAUACUAUUUCAUCUGCAGAGAUUCUUUUGAACCCUCCUUAAACCAACUUCAUUAAGACAUCAUUCUUUUUUAAGACUUUAAUAUUUUGACAGCACAAAUUAUUUAAUCUCUCAAAAGUGUGUUAUUAUAAAGAUUACCCCAUGUGAAAAUCAACAAAAUAGAUUAUGUCAAUUCAUUGAUCGUCUAGAUCAUCAAUAAUGGGUAUUGCAAUCACCUAUUCAAAUUGCUUUUGGUUGAUGAUGAAAAAGAUCAAGGCUCCAUAGAUGAAAAGGAUUAAAAUCAAAUUAUGGGAAUGCAAGCACUCACCUUAAUUGCAGCCACCAUUCACAUCUACGACAUCCAAAUACUCAUCCCCAUUCAAAGCAGUCUAUUGGUAGAUACCAUAUUAAAUAUCAUCUCAGAAACACAAAAUGAUCUCAUCAUUGAAUAAGGUUACAUCUUACUAGGACAUUUAAUUUUAUACGACAAAUCAUUUCAAUAAAUAUUGUUUACCAAAAGAUAAGCCAUUCUAGAGAUCUAAUAAACUGAUGACGAAAAGAUAUUUUAUCACAGUUGGUUCGUUGGAUGUCUAUUCUCAAGAUAUGAAAAUAAUCAAGCAAGCAAAUUUAUGACUUAAAUGAAUGCCUUACCUGAUAACCUACUUUGGCUCCAGAGUAUUCUCAACUACUAUCAACAAUAUGGAUUAAUUUAAUCUAUUGAAAAAAAUCAAAUCAGAAUUCAAAUUCAAAUCAAUAUGCUCAUCAUCAUUCAACCUUUAUUGGCUACAUAAAUACACCAAGACGUUCUUAUUGCUCUACUCUAAUAAUUACAAAAUUAAACAACAGAUAACAGAUUCAAAUUGCAAAUCUUAAGCACUCUUAAAAAGAUAUUCAAAUUGCCUUAUCAAUUAAAUUAUCAAAAUUUCACUGCCUAAAAUAUCCUCCUAUCCAAUAAUCUAUUGAAUAUCUUAAUGUAACUUAUUACAGAUCCUAAUCCAUAAAUUAGUUAUAAGGCAAAAAAGUUAUUUUUUAAGACCCUCUGUCUUGAGAAUUCAGGAUUACUCCUAAAAUAUCUGUAAGAAUCCAACAAUCUAUAGUCCUUCCUCUUUGUUCUUGAGAGUCAAUUCGUUUAAAAUGUAGAUGCCAACUUCUAGAAAUAUUUCAAAUAUAAGAUACUCACAAUCUUAAGAUUAAUGAGCCAAGAUAGUAAUACCUUCUAAAUCCUAUCCACAGAUCAAUGGCUAUUCAAACUACUCAUAAAAGCACUUAAUGAUAAUAACCAAGUCUUUACUUCGAAUAAUUAAGUUAUGGUUAACUGCCAAUAUGAUUAUCUUGUGAUUAAUGAAAUUACUGAGUAUUGCAUCACCUUUAAUCUCCAUUUUUAACCAAUGUUGAGACAAAAACCUUAAUUAUCCUUUCAAGCCUUAGAAACCAUCUAUUAGAUACUUCCAAAUCAAUAAGCUAUCAAUGAGAUUAAGCAAUACUUUGUUAAGAUCUUAGAGAACAUAGAUAAAUAUUAACCUUUGAUUUUAAAGAAAUACUUGAAACCCCUUUACCAGUCAGUUUGUGAGAUCGUGACUUAACUCACUCAUUUGACCUUGUCAUUGAACGACCUCAUCAAGAAUAAUCAAGUGUUCCACAAUAAUUUCAUCUCCUUCUUACAAUACAUGGUUAAUGAUCUUGCCUUGUUUUAGGAGUAUUUAACUAGUAAAAAGGAAUUAAUUGAUGAUACUCUAUUAAUAAUUGGCACUGAAGCCACCUAUGAUGGUUGUGUAGUAACCACAGUGUAUUUGAAUACCUAUUAAAACUCCUCCAGAUGCAAGAUAGUGUUGAAAACCUAGCUUACCUUAUUAGAAUUUGAAAAGCAUGUAGAAUAAGGCCUGUAGACAUCAGGUCCUCUUCUGUACUUGGUAAUUAAUUAGAAUCACCCCAACAAAAUACCUUAUGAUGACUUUUCGAUCAUAGAUGAAAUGUGCUUUAGGAAAUUCAAGGAACUUGCAGAUUAAUUCAUUGAAACUCAAUUUGGAAGUGUCAAGGUCUCUCAGGAGGUCAUAGCUGUAGAACUCUUCAGAUUAAAGAUGGAAGAUUAUUCAAUGAAGAAAAUUUAUGAAAUCCUGAACAAAGGGUCUACCUAUAUUUAAUUCAAAUAAAUUCAAGACAAUCAGAUGUUGUGGUUUUUGGAGAACAAUUCAGAUACCAAAGACAAAGGGUAGUAAUUGCAAUAAAUAUUUCAAUUGACUAAACUCCCAUAUACAUAUAUAGAGAAUCUUUUUGAUUCAAUCAAUCAAUUCUUUGAUAAAAAUAAUCUGUAAUAGUAGUAUAGAUAAAUACUUCAAGAUAAUUUUAUGGAUUAUUUAUAGGAUAUGAAGAUUCCUCCCUUAUUGGGACAUAAGAUUGCCACCUUUUUAGCAAGAAAUGGACUCAAGAAUCCAAUUGACUUCUAGGAUUUUAUUUGCUUUGUUUCUAUCUUUUAUCAAUAGAGUGAAACCAUAAUCAUGAAGUUUACUUAUUUGUUGUAUGCAAAUAAGGAAGGAAAGUUCGGCAAGGAUUAAUUAUGUGAAUAUUUGUAAACAAUUUUUGAUAUUUAAAACUAAAUCAUUUAUGAACAAUAAAUUAAUGAAUGGGGCUCCAAUUUAUUUGUUAAGAUAGAUCAAAACCAAGAUGGGUAUAUUUCAUUUUAUGAAUACCAUGCCUUAUUGAAGGAAGAAUAAUAUCGAGCUAAACUCUUAGAUCCAAUCUGUGCACUGUUUACAAAUUUGCCAUUUCAAAAUACAACCAAUCGUUUCUUUUUUGGAACGCCAUAAAAAUUGUUUAGAAGUUGA